AUGGACUUCGAUCCUCUAAGCUUCUUUUCAGCAGAAAGCAAAAGUAUACUGAACGAACGUCUACUUGUUGAUCAUGCCAAGGUAUUUUUUGGGGAUAAUAUAGAGAGUUAUAAAAGUACAGCUUAUGAUGAGUUCAAUGAUGAUCAUCUACAGCCGAUUCAUAUUUUUGAUUUACCAAUGCUACAAUUAAAACCCCCAGCAGAGGUAAUGAUGGUUAUACUAAGGCUAUUAUCUCCUAACAAAGUUUACAAUUUUCAAAAGAUAGAUAGUGGAUGUGAUUCAGACGACAAGACGGAGAUUUUUGAAGAAAAAAACGUAGAUGAAAAACUACUUCAAACUUCGCUUGAAUGGCUUAGUCAUUACUGUCCUAGAUUUGACACUAAGUUGAAGCUCAGAUACAUUCCAAAGCUUAGUAGCUCCCUAAAAAAGAACUUUGAGUUGGAAUACAAUGCAUAUUUCACAAACAUCAUAUCAUCAGAGCUAGCGUGGAUCGAUGAGCCCUAUAGAUCAGCUAUAUCAAAAGAAGCUACGCUACGUUUAAGCGAAAAUUGUGGAAGGACAGCCCAACCAGAAAUAAUUCGAAAUAUAUCUUUGCAUAAUCUUUCCAAAUACUUAAGAUUUGGGCUGUAUAUCAGGUUGAAAGAACCUUCUUUGACAGGAGAUAACCUCGGGUUGAAAACUUGGGGAUCUUCGUUGAUUCUUGCUGAUCGGUUGAUAAAUAGAAAAAGAGACUAUCUUGUAGAACCGAUAUUGGAAUUAGGAUCAGGAACAGGAUUAGUGGGGAUCGUGAGUUGCUUACUUGGACAUCAGACAACUUUAACAGACUUACCUGAAAUUUUACCCAAUUUAAAAGAGAAUGUACUUCUAAACAACGUAGACGCAGAGGUAUUCGAAUUAGACUGGGCUCAACCACAGCAAUUUACGGGAAGGUACGGUGAAGCAAAAUUUAAGACAAUUCUCAUUAGCGAUCCGAUCUACUCUUCAGAGCAUCCAGACUUGGUGUUUAAUAUGAUUCAAAAAUUCUUGCAAGGAAGUGAAGAUUCUAGAGUAUUGAUUCAAAUACCAUUGAGGCCAACCUUUGAAGCAGAGAGAGAAAAGCUUUGGAAGCUUUUAGAUGAGAGUUUAAAAGAAAUAGAAAGCGAAGUGGAAGACGGCCGCGAUGAUUUUGGAGAAACAAAAUAUCUAUUCAAGAGAUAUGCUCAAAAACUAGCUAAAUAA